CUUGAACUUGAAGUCGCAUCGCGCUCGCAGAGGCGGGAGUGAGGGGAGAGAGAGUAAGGUGAGUUGAGUGACUCGUCGAAGGUCGGAGCUCGAGCUAGUAUUCCUCUCGGUGAGAUUGUGGAAUAGAAGGGUGAGAACGAAGCAGGCGAAAUGCAACCGUACGGCAUACAAUCGAUGCUCAAGGAGGGGCACAAGCAUCUCUCCGGGCUCGACGAGGCCGUCAUCAAGAACAUCGACGCCUGCAAGCAGCUCUCCGCCAUCACCCGCACUUCUCUCGGCCCCAAUGGCAUGAAUAAAAUGGUCAUCAAUCACUUGGACAAGCUCUUCGUGACAAAUGAUGCCUCCACGAUUGUAAAUGAGCUUGAGGUCCAGCAUCCUGCAGCGAAGAUAUUGGUUUUGGCAGCCAAGGCUCAACAGGAGGAGAUUGGUGAUGGUGCCAAUCUGACGAUUUCUUUUGCAGGAGAGCUCCUCCAAAAUGCGGAGGAGCUUAUUAGAAUGGGUUUGCAUCCGAGCGAAAUUAUAAGUGGUUAUAUCAAGGCCAUCAACAAGACGAUAGAGAUACUGGGUGAACUGGUUGAGGCCGGUUCUGAGACUAUGGAUGUGCGAAAUAAGGAGCAAGUUGUUUCUCGAAUGAGAGCUGCAAUUGCUAGCAAGCAAUUUGGACAAGAAGACAGAUUGUGCUCGCUUGUUGCCGAUGCUUGCAUUCAAGUGUGCCCCAAGAACCCAGCUAACUUCAAUGUGGAUAAUGUCCGAGUGGCUAAGAUUUUGGGUGGUGGUCUGCAUGACAGUGCAGUUGUUCGAGGUAUGGUCUUGAAAGGCGAUGCUGUUGGAAGUAUUAAGAGAAUGGAGAAGGCAAAGGUAGCGGUAUUUGCUGGUGGUGUUGAUACAUCUGCUACUGAUACGAAGGGAACUGUUCUUAUACAUAGUGCUGAGCAGCUUGAGAAUUAUGCAAAAUCUGAGGAAGCUAAAGUGGAGGAGCUGGUAAAAUCAGUUGCCGAUUCGGGUGCGAAAGUUAUUGUUAGUGGUGCUGCAGUUGGAGAGAUGGCGUUGCAUUUUUGUGAGCGUUAUAAGCUUAUGGUCUUGAAAAUCAGUUCGAAGUUUGAACUACGGAGAUUUUGUCGCACGACUGGUGCUGUGGCUAUUUUGAAGCUGAGCCAACCCAAUCCUGAUGACUUGGGAUAUGUAGAUUUGGUUUCUGUUGAGGAAAUUGGUGGUGUGAGGGUAACUCUGGUGAAAAAUGAAGAAGGUGGAAACUCUGUCUCGACUGUUGUUCUGCGGGCAAGUACUGAUAGCAUAUUAGAUGACCUUGAAAGAGCAGUUGAUGACGGAGUAAACACUUACAAGGCUAUGUGUAAGGAUAGUCGCAUAGUACCUGGUGCUGCUGCUACGGAGAUUGAGCUGGCUAGAAGAGUGAAGGAAUUUUCUUUUAAAGAGACUGGGUUGGAUCAGUAUGCUAUUGCAAAAUUUGCUGAGAGCUUUGAGAUGAUACCUACGACACUAGCAGAGAAUGCUGGACUCAAUGCUAUGGAGAUCAUAUCUUCUCUAUAUGCUGAACAUGCAAAUGGAAAUGUCAAAGUGGGUAUUGACUUGGAGGAAGGUGUCUGCAAGGAUGCCUCAGUUUUGUGUGUCUGGGACCUUUAUAUUACAAAGUUUUUUGCUCUCAAGUAUGCUGCUGAUGCUGUUUGCACUGUUCUUCGGGUUGAUCAGAUCAUAAUGGCAAAACCAGCUGGCGGCCCAAGGAGAGAACAGCCAGCUGGAAUGGACGAGGACUAGUUUUGCACAAAAUCAGUCUUGAUUAUGGUCCUUCGGCCUACCCGUUAUUUUAUCUUUAGACAAAUUUCUUCUUGGGCUCUGAGAGUCUUGUGUUAGCUUUUCUUGGCUUAAUUGCGAUGAAAAGAAACAUGCGUGGAUGUUUGUAUAUGCAGACUUUGCUGUCUGCUACCUGAUGUAUCAGUCUACGUUGCAAGAUGGAUUUUCCCCUCAAUUUUGUUUGGAAGGGAUGAAACAGCUAUCGAGCUACUUUAUCCCUUUCCAUAUUAAUGCGGAAUUCAUUG